AUGAAAGCCACCAUCCUUCUCUCUUUCCUGGCAGCGAGCGCCCAAGCCUUCAUCCUCUCUCCCACUUGCGUCCGUACCUAUAACAAGGCAGUCAGCAAAUUCGACGAGUGGGUCCAAGACGCCGCGGGACACAUCUGCCACCAGGGCUGCGUCUUCACGGCAGAAACCUACCACGACACCAUCCGAGCCAACCAUCUACGCCCCGCGGUACAAAAGGGGCUUGAGCGCCAUCUCGCCCGCCUCAAAGUCUCAGAGGACGAAUUCGAGCAAAUGCUCCAAUUCGCCGACACCUACAUUGAAACGAUGCUCGAGCAGUGCGCGCCGGCGGGAGCCGCAGAGCGCGAGAGGUUCGACUUCUGCAAUGAUCCUCAAGCGCUCGACGCAUGCGCGGUCAAGAUGAAGACGCGUCUCCCAAGCAUGUGCUGGAAGCACAAGUCGUUCAUCCUGGCGCAUUCGGACAAUGAGACGUGCCGGGAUAUUUCCGCUGCUCUGGACGAGCCGCUGGUCUGGCGUCUGAUGGAGGAGGAGAUGGAUGCGUAUGCUGCGACUUGUCCGAUUCGGAAGUAG